CGAAAACAGUAAGUGCAUUUAUUUUUUGCCUCUAUAAGCGAAAAAGUGACGGAUAAAGAGACAGGUGGACACACAGAAUACAGAACGAGGAAAAGACAGAAAGAUCAACAGAGGCACAAAGAGAGUGACAGGCAAAGAUGGUUCGGUGGUUCCACAGAGACCUGUCAGGUUUAGAGGCAGAAUCUCUCUUAAAGACUCGUGGAGUUGAUGGUAGUUUCUUGGCGAGGCCGAGUAAAAAGAAUGUUGGUGAUUUCUCUCUGUCUGUCAGAGUGGGAGAUAGUGUUACACACAUCCGUAUCCAGAACACAGGAGAUUAUUAUGAUCUGUAUGGAGGGGAAAAGUUUGCGACUCUGUCAGAGUUGGUGGAUUAUUACACUGGGGAACAACACGGGAUUCUGCAGGACAAAGACGGAACCAUCAUCCAGCUCAAGUACCCGGUCAACUGCUCCGAUCCUACUACCGAGAGGUGGUACCAUGGUCACCUGUCAGGUCCGGAUGCAGAGAAAUUGUUGCGUGAGCGUGAUGAGGUGGGGAUGUUCCUGGUGCGCGAGUCUCUGUCCAAUCCAGGAAACUAUGUCCUGUCUGCUCUCACUGACGAGAAGAACACUAAGGGCAAGAGAGUCUCUCAUAUCAAGAUUCACUAUAACGAUAACGGCUACACUGUGGGGGGAAAAGAGGUGUUUGAAACGUUGUCUGAUUUUGUGGAGCAUUACAAAAGAACACCAAUCGAGGAAGUCACUGGAACCAAAGUUUACCUGAAACAGCCCUAUUUCUCCACCAGAGUGAAUGCAUCAGCAAUCGACAGCAGGGUGAAGCAGCUGGAUCAGUCCAUUGAGCCCAAAAGCGAAGAAGGAGGAGACAAAAAGAUCAAAGCUGGAUUCUGGGAGGAGUUUGAUGCUUUGCAGAAGCUCGAUAAUAAAAUGAAGAAGAGCAGAGAUGAAGGGAUGCGGCCAGAGAACAAAAGCAAAAACAGAUACAAAAACAUCUUGCCUUUUGAUGAAACCAGAGUGAUUCUUCAGGGUGGAGACCCCAACGUGGUUGGAUCUGAUUAUAUUAAUGCCAACUAUGUCAAGAAUAAGAUGUGUGAGAGCUGUCCUCCAAAAGUCUACAUUGCGUGUCAAGGCUGUCUGGCAACAACUGUCAAUGAUUUCUGGCAAAUGGUUUGGCAAGAAGAGACACGGGUCAUCGUCAUGACGACACGGGAGGUCGAGAAAGGACGGAAUAAGUGUGUUCCGUACUGGCCCAAUUCUAAUGAGACGAAGGAGUUUGGGAAGUACAUAGUGACCGCAAUAACAGAGAGAGAUGCUGAUGAUUAUAAAGUCAGAGUGAUGGAGGUUGCAAUGAAUGAUGGGAGUGAGAUGCCAAGAGAGAUCUGGCACUUUCAGUACCUGAGCUGGCCGGAUCACGGUGUCCCUGAGAAGCCAGACAAAGUCCUUAGUUUCCUUAACCAGGUCAACAGCAAGCAGCAGGAGUUUUCCGGUGUGGGGCCCAUGAUCAUUCAUUGCAGUGCUGGAAUUGGGCGAACAGGAACCAUCGUUGUCAUUGACAUGCUGAUAGAAACAAUCGACAAUAAAGGUGUGGACUGUGAUAUCGAUAUACAGAAGUGUAUCCAGAUGGUGAGAGAACAGAGGUCGGGGAUGGUGCAGACGGAGGCGCAGUAUCGCUUCAUUUAUUUCGCCAUGCUGAAGUAUACAGAGUCUGAGAAAGACUUACAAAAAGCCAGAAUGGUCACAGACACAGAGUAUGGGAACCUGUCACUACCGUCCAAACAUGCCAAAGCCACCCGCAAAGUCUCCAAGAAUAAAGAGGAUGUGUAUGAGAAUCUGGGAGCGAAGGGAAAGAAAGAUGUGAAAAAGCAGAAAUCGGAGGAGAAGAAGAGCGGCUCUGUGAGGAAACGAUAAAAUGAGAGAGGAAUAAUAAUGUGCCUCACCAUGUUCUCACCUGUUCAGGGUCAUUCCAGUUAUUAUUAUUAUUAUUAUUAUUAUUAUUAUUAUUAUUAUAUUUUGUCAGCUCAAACACAGAACAUAUUAAUAUGAUUUAUUUAGUAAUGAUUCUGUAAACUGUAAUUUUAAAACAAGUGCAUUUUCAAUAAAAAUAUUUCUCCAAUAA